AUGUCUCUCAUGCUUAUCGUUAACCAUUAUGCUCAGUACGUCCGGACCUUCCGCUCAUCCAUUCGCUGUUCAUUUCCAUAUUGUAACCGUGCAUAUUUGCUAGUCGACCAGGUCUGCCACAAAUCCUUCACUACUUCAUGUUCAUCUCUGUACCAUGCCGCCCAUCUAUGCACACCCCUCUUCUUAUCAUGA